AUGGAUAAUAAUACUAUUUUGGAGACUUUUACAAAUACAGAUUUGGAAAAACUGAAUGAUCUAAAAUCAUCCAAAACUGUUACUGAUCAAAAAAUAAGAUAUGAUUGGUCCCAAACAAAUAACUUGGUUUUUUUUACAAUUUAUCAAAAAAAUGUCCAAAAAAAUGAUUUUUUAUAUUACAUUCAAUCUGAUCAUAUAUCCUUAAUAAUAAAAAUUAGCGAAACUGAAAUAUAUUUUAUUGAAAAAUCAAUUUUUUCAAAAAUAAUUCCAUCUAAAACAAUUAUUAAUAUAACUCCAAUGAAAAUUGAGCUAUCCCUCGAAAAAAAUAUAAAAGAGCUAAAAUGGGAUAUGCUUGAAAAAAAAACAAAUAAUGAUAUAACAGAAAAAGACGAAAAUAUUUUGAAUCCAUUUGCUGGUAAAAGUGUACAAGAAUGGGCCAAGUUUGCACAGUCCAUAGGCGAAGAUGAAGAUAACCAAUCUAUAGAUCAUUUUUUCCGAAAAAUUUAUGAAGAUGGUGAUGAUGAUUUAAAGCGUGCCAUGAUUAAAUCAUUUCAAACCUCAAACGGAACUGUUUUAUCAACAAAUUGGAAAGAUGUUCAAAAUAAAAAUUAUGAAAAAGAAAAAAAUAACAAAUUAUCAAAAUAA